AAAUAUGUUUAUAAUUGAAACGUUGCAUUUUAUUUAAUUUUAUUAAGAAUAAUAAAAAAUAAAUCGUUCGUUACUCUGAAUUUGUGCCACCUAUACCGAAACGCAAAGCUUCAAAGUUCAAAACGACACUGUUCAUACAUAGCAACAACAAAACGCAGCGCAACAAAAAAAAGUUGUUUUGUGAACUUUCUUGACAUGUAGAAACCGUGUGAAAAUCGUUUAUUUUUGCUGAAACUGUGGUUUAUUUAGUGAAGUAUUUAACUAUUUUGUUUUUUACUGUUAAUUUAUGUGUAAAUCAACAUGGCGUUCCUCUGUCCAGUUAGAAUUAGACGGAACAAGAAGAAGAAAUCAAGCAGCGGGGACUCAGACAAAGACCUUUCGAGACCAAGCUCCGGUCUCAGCCCCGGCAUGGGCAGGAUCACCGGCUCAGCUAGUAUUGAGACUCUAGUGCGGGUUGGCAUUGAGAAGGAGCAUGGCCUCAGCCCUGAUUCUAAGAUGGUGGUGCUACAUGACUUUGCUCCUUGUGUUGAUGAUGAGCUUGAGGUGAAAAGAGGACAAAUCGUAAAUGUAUUGUACAGAGAAAACGAUUGGGUGUAUGUUAUACUGGCAGAGUCUAGGCGGGAAGGCUUUAUACCACAUUCAUACUGUGCUCCCUGCGAACAUCAUGACUUAAAGAAGAAACUGCCGAGGAGUAGGUCGCCCGCCGACUUAGCUCAUAGAGACGUCUCACAGUUGUCAGUAUCGGAUGGAGGGGCCACAAAUGACGGACACUCAGAGCUGGGCAGUGAGGGAGAGGCCUGCCCGUUCAGCAAGGAUCCCUCCGGUCGUUAUGUGGUGCUCUACACAUUCACUGCCCGAGAUGAGAAUGAUGUUGAUGUCGAGAGAGGGGAGUUUGUCACAGUACUGAAUAGAGAGGAUCCAGAUUGGUACUGGAUAGUGCGGAGUGAUGGACAAGAAGGUUUUAUACCCUCCGGUUUUGUUUACCCAGCCGUUGUUCAAGCAACCCAGCAGGACAACCCGCAGCCGCUGCUAUCGCCGCCCUCGACGAACCCCAACAACACGUUGUUGUCCAACAACACAACACUCAACACCACCCCCACAGACAACGACGGACGGUACCACGGCACUGAGCUAGUCAUGCUUUACGAUUACAAGGCGCAAGCUCCAGAUGAUCUAUCUGUGAAGCGUGGAGAAUGGGUGUACGCGGACCUGACCCAGCAGACGGUGGAGGGCUGGCUAUGGGCGCACGCGCCCAAGUCGCGGCGAUCCGGGUUCAUCCCCACGGCGUAUGCGCGCGCGCCGCACACCACCUCUCUUUGAGUACAAGAGCCGGGGACUCAUUUGUGGUUAGGACCAUGAAUAUUGACUUCAUGGAUCAUAUUACAUACAGAGCGAAAUUGACACCAUGCCGAAUACUGAGGGGGGUGAUACAGCUCAUGAUUCUGAGUUGAUAUCAAGUGGAUAUUUCCGUCGCAAAAGUAUGGAACUGAAAAUAAUUAAAAAAAAAGCACUAAGAUUUUCAAUUAAUUGUUCAUGAACUUUGCGACGGAAAAUCUUGAUAAUAACUCAGAAUGACGGCGUGAAUCGUCCCUCUCAGUUUUCACCGUUGUUUUACGUUGUUCCUAUCAAGCAGAAAGCGAUAACGCGUUCUACGUUCGCUGUGUUGUACCUUACGUUUCAUAGACUUACAACACAGCGAAAUCAAUAGAGUACAAUGCUCAAUUCAAAGAACGAGUGACCGCCUUCUGCCUGAUGCAAUGUUAAGAGUAACACGGGGAAAUGAGGAGUCACAGGCGUCCCCCUGUGACAAAGUUAUUACACAUUUAUGCAAUCCAAAACACAUUUGAAUCCUAGCAAUGGUUUGUUAGAUUGGUCUUGUCACCAAGUGAUAGUGCUUACCGGUUUUUAUUGGCCCUCGUGCAUAAAUGAAGCUAUUUUGUUAAAUUAUGAUAAUUAGUCUUCAAUGCCCCAUAAUGGAGAAAAUUUUGUAUCGAGAGAAAUAAUGCUAUGGCUACUCCCCUCAAACUCUGUCUCAAACAUAGUGAUUUAUAUUCUCUUUGCUGCCCUCCAAUCCGCCGGAGGCCCGUUGUGCUCUAUGUACGUAACAAUUUAAUGGAAUAUUUUAAAAGUGCCUCUUGAAAGUUAUCUUUUUUAGCUUGUAAAUAACUGCCAUUUCGUCUAGUUGGAAACAGAAAAGUGCUAUUAUGAAUACUUAGAAAGUAGUUAUUUUCUUUGGCAAUUAAUUUGUAAUACUCUUUCAUUAUCAUGUGUGCCAACAUUUUCAUAUAUUUCGUGAUAUUUAAAUUAAAUAAUAAAAUAUACACAUGGCUUUAAAAAGAAAUAUUUUGGACAAAAUAUUCAAGGCAGACUACAAAAAAUGUCUUCCGCAUUUUAAAAUUAGCGUUAAGAACUUGACAUUCCAUAUUAAAACACUAGAUUAUAAGCAAGCAGCGUAUGUAAUCUCUUAUUUUAUAAGUUAUUGUUGAAAAUAAUCAUUUUUUGUAAAAUAUCCGUCCAAAUUAGACUGAUUUCGUCAAUACAAAUAUUUUUGUCACAUUUUUACAUUAGCCGUUAAGAUUUAUUACGUAUUUUUAAUACAACUAAAAAAGUA